GGAGUGGAGGCGUUGGUGCUGCCACGUCUGGGCCCCGGUUCCUGACUGUGGCGCGGGAGGUGGAGGAGGAGGUGGGGCUGGAGCUGAAGCCGGAUCCGAAUCCGGUUCCGGUGCUGUUUCCUCCGGCAGCGGAGAGUCCAACGCGCCUCACGAGGAGCGCAGACGGCGUGGCCUCCACCGAACUUACUGGAAAGAUGAAACCUGAUGAAACUCCUAUGUUUGACCCAAGUCUACUCAAAGAAGUGGACUGGAGUCAGAAUACAGCUACAUUUUCUCCAGCCAUUUCCCCAACACAUCCUGGAGAAGGCCUGGUUUUGAGGCCUCUUUGUACUGCUGACUUAAAUAGAGGUUUUUUUAAAGUCCUGGGUCAGCUGACCGAGACUGGAGUUGUCAACCCUGAACAAUUUAUGAAAUCUUUUGAGCAUAUGAAGAAAUCUGGGGAUUAUUAUGUUACAGUUGUAGAAGAUGUGACUGUAGGACAGAUUGUUGCUACAGCAACUCUGAUUGUAGAACAUAAAUUCAUCCAUUCCUGUGCUAAGAGAGCAAGAGUAGAAGAUGUUGUUGUUAGUGAUGAAUGCAGAGGAAAGCAGCUUGGCAAAUUGUUAUUAUCAACCCUUACUUUGCUAAGCAAGAAACUGAACUGUUAUAAGAUUACCCUUGAAUGUCUACCACAAAAUGUUGGUUUCUAUAAAAAGUUUGGAUAUACGGUAUCUGAAGAAAAUUACAUGUGUCGGAGGUUUCUAAAGUAAAAAUAUUUUAAGAAAGACAGUUGUCAAAGGAGAUAAUCCUACAUAUUCUUUCUAGAGUUAAAAUAUUUUGUUGCUGCAACCCAGAGACCUCCAUAAAUGACUGAAAGAAAACACUGUAAUACUACAAGUAUGACAUUUAGAAGAUUACUUUGGGGUGGUGGGAUAUGCUGUGAAUUUAGAUUACAAAUGAAUAUUAUAAAGGGGAUGAUUUUUAACCAAAGGAAUAUAUUUUUAACUUGAAUCUUCUUGCAUUGUAUUUUUGUAACGUUUGGCUUCAUUUCCUGGUGUCAAGAGUAUGGGUAGUAAGGAGUUAUAUGUCUGCUAUCUGUUCUGCUCAUUUAAAAAAAAAGUAUACAUUGAAUAAGGCUGUUUCUUAUCACAUUUAUAAAAUUAAAUAUUUUUGUUUCAAAGAAACAGCUAAAUACACUUAAAGGUGUAUCAUUUCCCACAUAUUAAUUAUGUAAAGUUGGAUACAUUAGUUAUAAAUUAUAACUAAAUAUAGUGCAGUCUAACAUAUCCUGUUCCUAAUACUGGCAAACAACCUGACGGCCUUUUAAAGAAGUGGAGGAAAUGAAAAUUAACUUAUAAAAUGUGACAGGAUUCAAAGUAAAACAAUUUAGAGGUUUUAGUUCUGUGUAUACGAAAUCACCUGUCUUAUCUUUAAAAUAUAAUCACUCAUUUGUUAGAAACACCUAAGAGCAAGUAAGAUGGGACAUCUAAAGUACUACUUAACAGUGAAUUAGAAAAUCUUGGCAUAUUUUUUACCCCAGUUUCUCUUUUCAUGGGUAUCUGAAGGCUCUCUUGUAAUAUUUUUAUUUUUAAAAAAUGGAAUAUUACAAAAUUGAGGACUAUUUGAAAAUGUAUCUUACUGCAUUUGUCACAUUCUUACUAUGUUAAUAGAAGCUUUUCUACUCAAUGUGAUUGUAAUGGUACUAUUAUUCUAGUCACUGU